CAUUUGAUUGACUUAUCAAUAUAACCUCCUGUCAACAAUGACAUUGGCAAUGACGUGAUAUUUAAAAGUUGUUAUACAUUUAUUCAUUAGACUUUAUAAUUAACCCGUUUUACAAUCGAAAUGUCGACGUUUUACCUCAGAACCAUGAAAGCUUUGGACCCUCUGGUCCCACAAAAACUUCAACCCUUGUGGCAACAUCCUGCAGGCCCAAAAACCGUGUUUUUCUGGGCGCCAGCUUUCAAAUGGGGGUUAGUUGUUGCAGGACUUGGAGACUUGGCUCGUCCUGCUGAAAGUUUGAGUGUCCCUCAGAGUGCGGCGUUGGCAGCUACUGGGAUAAUUUGGUCACGGUACUCUCUGGUCAUUAUUCCAAAAAAUUACGGGCUUUUUAGUGUCAACGUGUUUGUGGCUAUUACUCAACUCAUGCAGCUAUAUAGAGCAUAUAAUUAUCAGCAAAGUCUCAAAAAGGUUGAGUAUAAGUAGGAAUUACUAAGGAAGUGCCUUCAUUUAUCAAAACAGGGUUAUCUAUUGUAGUUUUGUUGAAUUUUAAACUCAAAUUAGUUUAAGUGCAAUUUUUAAAACUACCAAGGUUUGGUCUAUUUUUGAUAUUAAGAAAAUGUAUUUUCGGAUAUGUUACAUUGUGUCAGAGCUCAAUAAAGAGGUGGAACUGCA